AUAUUUGAAAAUUGACGCACUUCAUAGAUUUUUCUUCCAAGUUUUUUUGUUUACAUUGCUAAAAAUGGUUACUGCUAGCCCAAGUAUUGCUUUCUAGGUUGAAGACGCUCUGUUUAGUGUUAUUGUAGAAUUGAGAAGUCACAAAUGGAUGCUCCUGUGAAAGUUCAAGUUCGUAUAAAACCAGCAUCAACCAAAUGGAAUAAUUUACCUCAAUGUUCAAAUGGCGACGUUUUAAAUGACGAGGAUUUUAUCCUUGUGAAGUUAUCUUCUACAAAGGUUGAAUUUAAUAAAGAAAAAGAAUUCCAUUUUGAUCAUGUUUAUGAUAUCAACUGUAGUCAAAAAGAAGUAUUUGAAAAGAGCACUCUACCUCUUUUAAAGCAACUGGUUUUAGGCUUCAAUGUAACUGUAAUGGCUUAUGGACCUACAGGCGCAGGCAAAAGCUAUACACUAGGAACUGCAAACUUCAAUGCGGGGGAUGCAAGCUUUAACCAUGAUGAGGCUGGUCUGUUGGGUCAAAUCAUUUCAUGGAUCUUCUCCAUUAAGACUGAUAGUACUGAAGAACAGUACCAGAUUUCCAAAGUUCAAAUAUCAUUUUUGGAAAUAUACAAAGAAGAAAUUUUUGAUUUGCUUUCUCCCGUAGUGUCUAAAAUUGAAAUAAAAAAUGACAAAGUCGAAAAUGUUAUUAUGGAAAACAUUACUGACGUCGAAGUUCAUAACCAAGAAAAAGCAUUGCACCUCAUACAGAAAGCGAAUUUAAGGCGACAAGUUAAAAAAACGAAGUCAAAUGAUUCGUCAAGCCGAUCCCAUGCCAUAAUUAGCCUAAAAUUGGAGAUUCAGAGAAAUGGUGAAAAUCGACAUGCAGUUUUCAAAAUCGUUGAUCUUGCGGGUUCUGAGGCCGUGGCUAAAGAUGGAACAACGGGAGAGACAAAAAAUGAAGGAAUUUUCAUUAACAAAGGUUUGUUGGCUUUAGGAAAAGUGAUUAACGCUUUGAAUAGCAAAAAUGUCUCGCAUAUUCCACACCGUGAAUCUGCACUAACUCGUGCCCUGAAAGAUUCGCUUUCAGGUAACAGCUUGACUGUCCUUAUUUGCUGUGUAAAGGCAGAUGUUCAGAGUAUCACGACGACAUCUGCCGCUUUGCAGUUUGCGGCUAAAGCCAGAGCAAUUAAGACAAAAGUUCAAUCAUCGUUCAAAACACCGUUGAAACCGGCGUUGGCUCAAGUUCAGUUAAAAACACCGAGCAGAAUUCGUUUCAAAACUCCAAGGAGUACUCCGUGGAGGACACCUUUUGCACCAAUUGAACGAAACAGAAUAGUGACGCCUGGUGGAUCAUCAUUCGCUGUUCCAGAACAAUUAGCAAUGUCCGAAAAGUGUUCAAAUCUUGAUGAAUCAGUUUUUGUGUCGGGAUCCUUUAAGAGAAGUUUAUCUAAAUUGUCUGAUUCGGAGGAUAUCGAGAAUCGUAUCCAAAUGGCCGUGAUGGAAAGAGUGGACACUUUCCUAGAAGGAUUCAAAGACAAACUAGCACAUUCUCUGCUGGCUAACUGUUCUCAACAUUUGAGUUUCCAGAGUCUACUAGAAGAGAACGUCAGGAGCACCUCAUACCAAAUAACAUCUUCUGGCACCGUUCCAGAUGCGCUGAAUUUGACUUCUGAGUUGACGGAUAGCAUUUCUCAGAUAAAUGAUGGACGCCGCCGUAGUACACGUUUGGCCGAGAAAAGACAGACAUUGUCCAACGUUACCAUGAAUGCAAAUGAUUCGAAAUUGGUGGUUCCGACACCUCGACGAUCCAGUACCAGAAAAACUGUGAAACGCGCAUCCGUCUUGCCACUGCCAAUUCCUGAAGGAAAAUCAGAACAGAACAUCGCUAAAUAUAAGAAAGACAUGCUAGACUAUUUGAAUAGAGCAUCACAAUCCCAGAUGCAGAAAUUGCCAUCCAUCGGCCCGAAAGCGGGACACUGCAUUAUUACUUAUCGAAAUCUUAAUGGGUUGUUUAACGAUCUCGAUACGCUCAAACUAGUUCCGGGCUUAAGAAAGAAUUUUCAUGAAAAAUUCCUAAAGGUAAACUUCUUGGAUUGAUCUCGGAAAAUUCCUUGUUUUCCUUUUGCCAAGUAUUCCGGUUUUAUGUUUCUUCUAACGCAUCCAACGCAGCAAUACGGUUAAAAACGUUGAUUUUUUUUUGUUUGUUCGUUUAUUAUAAUUUGGUUUUAAAAAUAAACUUUUGAACCCAGAA